AUGAGCCUCAAGUCUGAGCGCCGGGGCAUCCACGUCGACCAGUCGGAGCUCCUCUGCAAGAAGGGAUGCGGUUACUAUGGCAACCCCGGGUGGCAGGGCUUCUGCUCCAAGUGCUGGAGGGAGGAGUACCAAAAGGCCCGGCAGAAGCAGAUUCAGGAGGACUGGGAGCUUGCCGAACGGCUCCAGCGUGAGGAAGAGGAGGCCUACGCCAGCACCCAGCACCCUCAAGGGGCCCAGUCCCUCACCUUCUCCAAGUUCGAGGAGAAGAAAACCAACGAGAAGUCGCGGAAAGUGACGACGGUGAAGAAAUUCUUCGGGGCUUCUUCCCGGGCAGGAUCCAAGAAAGUGCUGGCUGGCAAGCUGAGAGACGUCCAGGAAGCCAAGGCCGCCAGUCCAAUAAGCAGGCAAGUCAGCAUCGAAACAGACCGAGUGUCCAAGGACUUCAUCGAGUUCUUGAAGGCCUACCACAAAUCCGGGCAGGAGAUCUACAAGCAAUGCAAACUCUUUCUGGAAGCCAUGCAUCACAAGCGGGACAUGAGUAUUGAAGAGCAGUCCGAAUACACCCAGGACUUCUAUCAGAGUGUAGCCGAUAAGCUGCACGCCCGCUGGAAAGUGUCCCCGGAAAAAGUGGAAAUGGCGAUGGACCAGAUUGAGAAGUACAUCAUGACCCGCCUGUAUAAGUAUGUUUUCUGCCCGGAAACCACCGAAGAUGAGAAGAAGGACCUGGCUGUUCAAAAGAGAAUCAGGGCCUUGCACUGGGUGAAUUCGCAAAUGCUGUGUGUUCCUGUCGAUGAGGAAAUCCCCGAAGUCUCGGACGUGGUGGUGAAAGCAAUCACAGACAUCAUUGAGAUGGACUCGAAGCGGGUCCCGCGGGACAAGCUGGCCUGCAUCACCAGCUGCAGCAAGCACAUCUUCACUGCCAUCCGGACUACGAAGAACGAGCCGGCCUCCGCGGACGACUUCCUGCCCACCCUCAUCUACAUCGUCCUGAAGGGCAACCCUCCCCGCCUGCAGUCUAACAUCCAGUACAUCACUCGCUUUUGCAAUCCCAGCAGGCUCAUGACGGGCGAGGACGGCUAUUACUUCACUAAUCUGUGCUGUGCUGUGGCCUUCAUAGAGAAGUUGGAUGCGCAGUCCCUGAACCUCAGCCAGGAAGACUUUGACCGUUACAUGUCCGGCCAGGCGUCUCCAAAGAAGCAGGAGCCUGAGGACUGGUCGGCCGACAUGUGCGUGGGGGUUCGGCAGAUGUACAGGAACCUGGACCUCCUCUCCCAGCUCAACGAGCGACAGGAGAGGAUCGUCAGCGAGGCCAAGAAACUGGAGAGAGAUCUGAUUGACUGGACCGAUGGGGUUGCGAAGGAAGUCCAAGAGAUCGUCGAGAAGUAUCCCUUGGAGAUAAAGCCCCCGAACCCGGCCUUGGCGGCCAUUGACUCCGAAAAUGUAGAGAACGACAAACUGCCACCGCCAUUGCAGCCGCAGGUGUAUGCUGGAUGAUGGCGUCUUCUGGGGCAGCAGCAGACACGUUCCUUCACUCUGCUUUCUGCUUCUGGGCGG